GUCACACGAGACGAUGGCAGACAGGAGGCGGUCAUCGGCUCUUCCAGAGAAGGCUGCGUUGUCCGUGCAUGCUUUUUCCUCGGAGAAUGGGGUCCACAAGGCCAGCAAUGUGGUGCUUGACGUCCUCUACAGGCAGUGGCAAACAAACGGUCCUACAGACUCUGCCUGGAUCUCAAUCGAUCUGGACCCUCCGUCCGGCAUCCAACGGCUGGCACUCAACAAUUCUGGGAGUGCGCUUGUUGAGGCAUAUGGGUUGCAGGAGGGGGCUUCGGAAGAAGAUGAUGGCAUCAGCGGUGACGUCAGCGGUUUUGAGAUGCUGUUGCCAGCUCAGCAGUUCAUGUCCGCUGCAGACGUGCGCGAGAAGAAGAACACCAACAGGGAGUUUGUGUACGAAGCGGGAACCAAGUUGCUGAAGGCCGCAGCCGAACACAAGUGGCAGCGGCUGAAGCUCGUCUGUAAACAGCCCUUUGGAGCGCCGGAGGAGCCUAUUGGGCUCGCACGAGUCAGAGUGUUCCCGUGCAAGACCCCUGCCGAAGAAGCCGCAACAAACCGGCACGCUGCUCGGGAAGCCAAGAUCCAAGCGGCGGUCGCUGAUUCCGACAAUCACCAGAAAAAGCCGCCCCCACCGUCGUUUCAAAUGCCCCUCGCCAAGCUGUCAGACGAGCCCGCUGACCUGGCGGACCCGCCGCCGAGGGAUCCCCCAAAGCCGAGGGAUCCCCCGAAGCCCACCGGUAAACGCGUCCUCCCGAGCUGGCUCUCUGGCUCGCCCUCAAAGCUCGCUAGCGGUUCCAGAGGUGGGGAGAGAGGGACGAAACGGGGCGCGGAUGAGGGCCAGGAGAGAGAUGCAAACAAGGCAAAGAGGGGGCAAGAUGGCCGUGAAAGGGAGGGGGAGAAAAAGGAGCGGAAAGAGGUGGAAAGCAAAGAGCGCGGAAAAGGGGGCAAAAGCAGAGGCGGGAGGCAUUCUUUUGCGAAGGAAAGCGACGAUGAGGAGGAAUGGGAGGAACCGAGCGCAAGGGCAAAAGAAGAGAAGGGGCGUUCUCCGAAAGGAACUAGAAAGGCGAGGGCGCCAACGCCGUCUGACGAGGAAGGCGGAUCCGAUGCAGACCCGGCAUCCGGUCCGUCCAAGCGGAAUGGCGAAACUGGAGGGGGGCCCAACGGCGCGAAAGUGCCUUUUGAAAAGUUGCUAGACGGAGUGACGUUUGCAAUCUCGGGGAUCCAGAAUCCGGAACGGGGAAAGAUUCGUGAGCAGGGGGAAGAGAUGGGGGCCAAGUAUAGGGGCGACUGGGGGGGGGAGUGCACGCUGCUGGUUUGCGCGUUUAAGGGGACGCCCAAGUUCAACCAGGUCAAGAAGGCAAACGGAACGAUUGUCGACCGAAAGUGGAUCCCCGAGUGCCACAACCGGCGGGAGUUGGUGGAUAUCGACGAGCAUCUGUUGCACCCGGGAAAGCCCUGGCGGAAGCAAACCGGGCAGAGCUUGGACGAAGGUCCGGCGGAGGAGGUGGCGCCGGAACGGGCGGAAGAAGGAAAUGGAGGAGCGGAACGGAAUGUUGCAGGGCGGAACGAGCAGAGCCGGACAGGAAGAGGGAGGGCGAAAGGAACGACGGAGGAGGAAACGAAACCGCUGCGGGUUUCGUCUGGCAGAACUAGGGGCAGGGGGAACGGAAGGCGGGAAGGUCUGGGGUCCGUGACGGAUGCUGACGUGGCGGGUUGGGUCACUGCUGACGUGGCAGCUGCGGAGCGGUUCUUGGAGGGGGAGGGGGCGGAGCCGGGGCCAGGGGAGACGAUGCGCGAGUUGGGCGUGCAAGGCGUGCUGAGCUGUUUUGACUUUUUGGUGGAAGAACUAGAAGAGGGCCGAAGUUUGGAGGAAGCGAAAGAUGGCUGGGUGGCUUCGCUCCCUCAGGGUAUUGAGGUGGUUUGCGAGCAGGCAGAUGGGAGUGCAGAUUCGGCAAUCUCGUUGUUGCAAGAAAUGAAGGGUAGAUAUGAAAAAGCGCUGCAAAGCGAAAUCAAUGGGUUGAAAUCAGGCAACCUUAUGAGUACUGAGGAACGUGAGCAAGCCGAGGAUGGAGACUCGGAUGCAGAGACGGAAGCUAUAGCGGACGAAGGGACUGAGGGCGACGUUGAGUCCGAUGUGCUCAUUUUGACGAGGCAAGAGAUUGCGGCCGCCAAGCGAAAACUUGUCAAGGAAUAUGGUGGCGCGCGCGCGGGACUCUUGACAUAACGCCCUUCAAAAAUAAUCACAAGGUCGCUGCGGUUUGCCAGAUUCCGUUAACGGUACUAAUCCUUUCUGCUCAAUUGAGUGCACGUUGUCACUCAGUUGUGUCGCUCGGCAAGUUUGAAGUGUGUCAAGCAGACUUGCGUGGGUCCAUUUGAGUUUUACUCCUUUCGACCGCGUUAAAUGUUCGUGAAUCCGCAACGUUUCAUAAAUUAAUAAUUGCGCGUCAGCAGGCGCCACUUACAAAUCUAGAGGAUAGCAAAUCAGAGCUAGAUAGAUUUUGAGAAUACGGUGGCCGCGCCUGUCCCUAAAUAGUGCUGGC